GCUACACGUUGCACUUUCAUAAACCCUUUUUUCGUUUAUUAUUCUACGGUUUUUUUUUACAGUGUAGUACACGUCGUUGUGGUUGCCACAGUAGUUGAACUAUGAUUGCUUGGUGAGGUUUUCGUACUAUUUAGAGCUAGGACAAAAAUACGAAGUGCCGUGGCUACAACAAUGGCUGCGUCGAGAAUAACAAAAAAUACUAAUCAACGAACAUGGACACUUUACUAUGUUUUGUCAAAUUUACUGAUGAAGGUGAAUUUAAAUGAGAAGUUUGUGAAAUUUUCAAGGCAUUGGUAGAANCUUGAUUAAAAUAUGAUUUUUGUUUCAAGGCACAUCCUGAACAAACAAAGGGCACUGAAAAAUCCGUUUUGAACUAAAGCUAACUUUUGUUUGGAUUAUAUUUUUUACUGAUGAUGGUGAAUUUAAAUGAGAAGUUUGUGAUAUUUUCAAGGCAUUGGUAGAAAAUGCAGAUUGAUCGGUCGUGAAUAUCAGGUUUUUGCCAAUCUGUGUCACUUGAGAAAUAAAAGGAACUUUUCGUCGGUGUCUACCUAGCCUUGACACCUGAGAAACUAACGUAGAUCGAUGCUUGCCCAGUGUCGAUAAAACUAACAAAUGAAUUGAAUUUUUAUUUCUUUUCUCUCGCUUUCAGAGUAUGCGUGAAGCUUUUUGAAUGAUAAAGUUCUGUAGUAUAGUACCUAGUAUUUUAAUUGAAUUUUCGCGCAUUUGCAUUACAACGUAGGGAUGUUGAUGAAGCAAAGCAAUCAAUUUUUAUUUCUGUUUCACCAAUUCACUGCAUUAUGUAAAAGAGUAUGUGCAGAUUUGAAACUAAUAUUUUAUUGCAAAUUGUUUUUCAUUUGCUGAUCAAUAAAGUGAAAUUCGAUGCCGAUAAAAUUCGUGAUCGGAACUAUUGUUUGUUGAACGAGAUAUGAAUCUAAGAAAAUGUGAAUUACUGUAGUCACCAUCCUCAUAGAUCAAGCGAAAAAAAUGUAAAAUUUAAAUAAAAUUUUUACGAUUAAUAUGAAAUCUAUCAUUAACAACUAAUAAUAGUAUUUACUGCGUGUAAAUAUUUGCAAUACGAAAAGAAAAAUAAUCAAUGUAUCUUUACACGAGAUAGAAGAUAAAGAAGCAUUUGAGUCAACAGAAGGGCUAAAUGUAACUCGAGAAUUUAUAGCAUAUAUUGAAAAUAAAUAUGAAUACUGUCGAAUUGAUCAACCGGUUUUUGGCUGUCAUUCAACUAGAUAUUUUACCUAAGACUCGAGACUGUAUUACGCGAGGCAAUGGUACCUUUGGCGCAGCUAUUCUUAAAAAGUCAGACCUUUCACUUAUUAUUGCCGAAGUCAACAAUGUAGUAGAUAAUCCCAUGUGGCAUGGCGAAGUCAAUGUUAUUAAAAAGCUCUGGGAAACGAACGAUCGAUCUAAUAUACCCGACCCUAAAGAUUGUAUCUUUCUUAGUACACACGAGCCUUGCUCACUUUGUCUUUCAGCGAUAACUUGGUCUGGCUAUGAUAAUUUCUACUAUCUCUUCAGUUACGAAGAUAGCCGUGAUCGGUUUAAUAUGCCAUAUGAUAUUCAAAUUUUAAAAGAAGUUUUUGGAAAUGGUGAAGACAAUCGUCCAUUUUAUAAUCGUAAAAAUGAAUUCUGGAACAGUUACAAUAUUCAGGAGAUGAUCAAAGAUCUCGAUGUAAGUGAUCAUGAUCGACAAACGUUGCUGAAUCGUAUGAAUGAUAUAAUCGACCAGUAUACUGUACUAUCAGACACUUAUGAGGCAAACACAAGCAAACCAGUAGUUUACAAGUUUUGA